GUGUUUCCCGCAGUGAAUCUUGAUUGGUUGAUUUCCAGCGGGUUAAUCAUGGCGGAAAGCGAGAACGCCGGAGCUGCAAAAAGACCUAAAACAGACGCGAACAAUGAGCGCAGAGACGCGGGAGAGCUAUCACCCGACAGCCCGGUCUCGGACUUUGAAAUCACCCGCAUUCUGCGUGAAUGUGCGCGGGAGAAGAACAUCUUCAUUCAUGGGAAGGUGAAGGAUCAGGAUGCUGUUGUGAUCCUGGAGAAAACUCCCAUCAGACAGGACACGCUGUCUGAGUUACUGAAGAGCAGUCAGCUCCAGCUGGAGAUGAAGAAUGACGUGUACAGCACAUACCAGCUGCAGGCACCAGCACACCUGAAUGAAAUCAAAACGACAGUGAUUUGCCCUGCGACAGAGAAGCAUGUUAAGAAGUAUUUACAUCAGGAGGUUUUUCUAGUUGAAGAAUCAGGGGAGGAUUAUCGUACAGUCACCCUACCGUACAUCAACAGCCAGAGCUUCAGUGUGCAGUGGGUACACAAUAUAUUAGAGAAGAAAGCUGAGGCUGAUCGGAUUGUUUUCGAGGACCCGGAUCCUGUUACUGGAUUUGUUUUGUUGCCCGAUUUCAAGUGGGAUCAAAAGCAGCUACAAGACCUGUAUUUGAUUGCCAUCGUCCACCGGAGGGAUGUUAAAAGUUUGAGGGAUCUUACAUCAGAGCACCUGCCAUUACUCACAAACAUUCGCAGUAAAGGAGAGGACACCAUUCAGCGGCAGUACGGCGUCCCUCCGAGCAAACUGCGCGUUUAUUUCCACUAUCAACCGUCGUACUAUCACCUCCACGUCCAUUUCACCUCGCUGGAGUACAGCGCUCCAGGAAGUGGAGUGGAAAGAGCCCACCUGCUUUCCGAUGUCAUUCAGAACUUGCAGGCAGAUUCCAGUUACUAUCACAACCGUAGCCUGGCGUUCCCACUGCGGGCCGAUGAUGGACUGCUCCUCAAGUUCAAAGAGGCCGGGAAACUCUAGAGACCUGUUGUUGUUUUUUGGGAACUUCAAUUUUUUUUACUUGUUUUUUUUAAUGUUAUGAUGUCGUU